AUGAAUGCCCCCUCCAAAAUUGUUUAUUUAUUUGCAAAUUUGUGCCUUCUCGCCUGUGCUGUAUUAAGAAUUUUAAGAAUGCCUCUUUUGGAAGAAGCUGUAUUGUCUUUUGCUUUGCCCGGUUCCUGGAUUUUUCUUUUAUUUUUUGCCCGUAGUGCUAAACUCACUGGACCCUUUGUCCAAAUGAUUUAUAGCAUGAUUGCUGGAGAUAUGUUUCGAUUCUCCAUCAUUUCUUCAAUAUUUCUGAUAUCCUUCUCGCAGGCAUUUUUCUUUUUGGGAAAGGAUAUAGAUGCAAAAAGGGGCCUUGGUAUAAAUGAUACUAAUUAUUGUGAAGCGGACCACAAAGUUACUAAUUACGCCUCGGCGCUGGAUACGUUCAUGACUCUUUUUAGAAUUUGUAUGAAUGGAAUGGAUUAUGAAGAAUUCGGCUGCACUAAUUAUGAACCUCUUGCCAAAACACUUUUUGUUCUUAUGAUGUUUAUUAUGCCUAUAAUGAUGACCAACAUCCUUAUUGCAAUGAUGGGGACAACCUAUACUAAUAUUAUAAGCCAGGCAGAAAUGGCUUGGAGACAGCAAGUUGGAAUUCUUAUUUAA